AUGCUCGUGCGCUCCUCCGAAAGAUUCGCUGUUUAUAGGAUCGAGAAAGUCGUCAUAAUUUUGUCGUUGCUAACAGCGGAGCGCAGGCGGAGGGGGCUGCACGCGCUCCUCCUCGCCCUCCCGCUCCCGGCCGCGUUUAAGCUGGAAUCGAGGCUUUUUGCGGAGUUUGACGCCGACAGCAGCAGGCUGCUGGGGAACCAGCGGCCGGGCUACGGGACGCUGCAGCGAGACGCCGAUAAAUCCCGCAUGGAGGUCACGGGCUACCAGACCAAGACGUGGCGGGUGGCCCUGUGCCACGCGUGCUCCGUGCUGACGGCAGGGCUGCUCCUCGUCCUCUUCCACUGGAAGCCGAGCCUGGAGGUGCAGGCGAAGUGCAAGCCCUGCGCCCUCGGCCAGGCCGACUGGGUCAUCAUCAGGGACCGAUUCGGACAGUGCUUCACCACCCGCGUGCGCACGGAGGCGCUGGGCGAGGGCAGCCUGGAGCAUCACCCCGGGGCCAGGCUGGAGGACCGGAGAACCAGCAUCGCCAUCGGCGUGUCGGAUGAGGAGGAGAGCCGGGACACCAUCCGGCUCCAUGAGAAGGAAGAGAACGUCUUGCGGUACUAUCUCUUCGAGGGCAUGCGCUACAUCUGGAUCGAACGGCGGCAGGCGUACUGCAAAGUCAGCAUCUUGGAUGAAGGCUGGACCUGCGCAGAUCUCCACCUCUCCCAGGCUGGGCUCCACCAGCAAGACCACAACACCAGAAGGAAGAUCUACGGACCGAACCUCAUCGAGGUGCCAGUCAAGUCCUACGCCAGGCUGUUGGUGGAGGAGGUGCUCAAUCCCUUCUACAUCUUCCAAGUGUUCAGCAUCGUGCUGUGGGUCUGCGACGCCUAUUACUACUACGCUGCCUGCAUCUUCCUCAUCUCCACCAUCUCCUUAGGGCUGUCCCUCUACGAGACAAGGAAGCAAAGCGCCACGCUGCAAAACAUGGCCAAGAUGUCAGUCGGCGUCCGAGUCCGUCGCCCCGGCGGAGAGGAGACGGUGGUGAGCUCCGCAGACCUGGUGCCGGGCGAUUGCAUCAGCCUCCCCGCGGACGGGAUGCUGGUCCCCUGCGACGCCGUGCUGCUGACGGGCGAGUGCAUGGUCAACGAGAGCAUGCUGACGGGGGAGAGCGUGCCGGUGAUGAAAACCCCUCUCCCGGCCGGCAGCCAAGCAGCCGGCACCGUCUAUUCCCCCGAGGAGCACAGGCGGCACACCUUGUUCUGCGGGACGCACGUCAUCCAAGCCAAGUCCUACGUGGGCAGAGAAGUGCUGGCUGUGGUGACCCGCACAGGGUUUUGCACGGCCAAAGGGGAUCUCAUCAGCUCCAUCCUCUACCCCAAACCCGUGUGCUUCAAGUUCUACGAGGAUGCUGUGAAGUUCGUCCUGUUUCUUGCCGUCCUGGCUUUUAUCGGCACGCUGUACAGCAUCCUCAUCUUGGUUAAAAACCAGGUCCCCGUGGGGCAAAUCAUCAUCCGUGCCCUCGACCUCGUCACCGUCAUCGUGCCCCCGGCUCUCCCGGCGGCGAUGACGGUGGGCACCAUCUACGCCCAGAACAGGCUGAAGAAACAGGGCAUCUUCUGCAUCAGCCCUCCCCGCAUCAACCUCUGCGGGAAGAUCCGCCUGGUUUGCUUCGACAAGACGGGAACCCUGACGGAGGAAGGUCUGGAUGUCUGGGGGGUGGUCCCGCUGGAGAACAACCACUUCAUGCCCAUCGUCCACGAGCCCCGCCGCCUGCCCGCCGGUCCCUUGCUCUACUCCCUGGCCGCCUGCCACACUGUCUCGCUGCUGCGGGCGCAGCCCAUCGGGGACCCCGUGGACCUCAAGAUGAUGGAGUCCACCGGUUGGCGCCUGGAGAUGAUGGAGGAGGAGGAAGGUGAGCUGCCCGCCUGCCAGCAGUUUGGGACGAAGGUCUUGGCUGUGAUGAAACCGCCCCCCGAGGAAGAACAGCCGCGAGACAGGAAGCACCAGUCGCCCGUGGGGAUCCUCCGCCGUUUCCCCUUCUCCUCCUCCUUGCAGAGGAUGAGCGUCCUGGUGAAGUUGCCCGGCGAAGUCUCAGCCCACGUCUACAGCAAAGGCGCGCCGGAGACGGUCGCCAGCCUUUGCAGGAAAGAAACCGUGCCCGUGGAUUUCUCCCAGAUGCUGCGAUACUACACCACGGAUGGUUUCCGAGUCUUGGGUCUGGCUUGCAAACCCCUGAGCACGGUGACGACCUUCGAGGAGGCCCUGCAGCUCCCGAGGGACUCCGCCGAGAGCAGCCUGACCUUCCUGGGGUUCCUCGUCAUGAAAAACGUCCUCAAGCCAGAGUCUGCGCCCGUCAUUCACCUCCUGAGGAACGCCAACAUCCGCCCCGUCAUGGUGACAGGAGACAACAUGCUGACGGCCGUGAACGUGGCCAAGAGCUGCCGUAUGGUGGAGCCGAAAGAGCGGGUGAUCUUCGUCAACGCCUCCCCGCCCAGCCACGACAAACCCGCCGCUCUGAAAUUCAUCCUCUCCGAGCACUCCCAGGGCGAAGAGCAGCCAGAGGGUCUGCUCCAGCACGACGGCUGCUUCCUCCAGCCGCAGCCCUGCCACUUCGCGCUGAACGGCAAAUCCUUCGCCGUGGUUUGCGAGCACUUCGCCGACCUGCUGCCGAAGAUCCUCAUCCGAGCCACCGUGUUCGCCCGCAUGUCGCCUGACCAGAAGACUCAGCUGGUGUGCAGCCUGCAAGAGCUCAACUAUUGCGUGGGGAUGUGCGGGGACGGCGCCAACGACUGCGGGGCUCUGAAAGCGGCCGACGUUGGCAUCUCGCUGUCGGAGGCGGAGGCGUCGGUGGCCUCGCCGUUCACCUCCCGCGUGGCCAACAUCGAGUGCGUGCCCACCGUCAUCCGGGAGGGCAGGUGCUCGCUCGUCACCUCCUUCGGCGUCUUUAAGUACAUGGCCCUGUACAGCCUGGUGCAGUUCGUGUCUGUCCUGCUGCUCUACACGAUCAACACCAACCUGAGCGACUUCCAGUUCCUCUUCUUUGACCUGAUCAUCACCACCACCGUGGCGGUGCUGAUGGGUCGGACGGGUCCUGCCCAGGAGCUGGGAGUGGAGCGUCCCCAAGGGGCAUUGAUCAGCGUCCUGGUGCUGGGCAGCCUGCUCCUCCAGACGGCUUUGCUCAUCACCGUGCAAGUCCUCAGCUACUUCGUCACCGUCUCGCAGAGCUGGUACGUGCCGCUCAACAGCACGGUGACGGCUCCCCAAAACCUGCCCAACUACGAGAACACGGUCCUCUUCUGCGUCACGGGCUUCCAGUACCUCAUCUUGGCCGUCGCCAUGUCCAAGGGGUACCCAUUUCGGGAGCCGCUCUACACCAACGUGCUCUUCUUGGUAGUCCUCAUCCUCCUUUUUGGCCUCAUGACGUGGUUGACCCUCUACCCGCUGGGCUUCCCCAAAACCCUGCUGAAGCUGCAGGGCAUCGAUGACUUGAAUUUCAAGCUGCUGCUGCUGGGGAUCGCCACCCUCAACUUCUUCGCCGCCUUCGUGCUGGAGACCGCCCUGGACCACGGCUUGCUCAGCUGCCUCCGCAAGCUGCGCCGAAAGAAAGCCUCCAAGAAGCUUUUCAAGAGGCUGGAGAAGGAGUUGAGCCAGCAGCAGCCGUCCUGGCCGCCUCUUAACGAACCGCUCUUCGCUACGCCCAAGAUGUCCAUCGCCGUGAGAUAGCACGCGUCGGGCUUCCCUCCCGCCUGCUCUGCAGGCUGUGCCGGCCCUUGGAUGCUGUUGUUUAUUUAUUUAUCCUGGUGAACGGAGAGAUGCGGCGGGCAGGCUCCCGCAGGGAGACCCUCAGCAUCGCAGCUGUGAAUCCGCGUGCGCCGGGCUGGCCGUGGCCGAGAGGAGGAGAUGCUGGAGAAACAAACUGUGGGAGAAAGUCCGGAAGAAGAAGAGAAACGAUCCAGCUCAGCACUUUUUCCAGGACCUGGGCACCGGUAGCGUUUCGCAGGGGAACGCCGCCUCCCUUUUCCUCUCUUGGCUGCUCAAAACCCCCAAGAAAAGAGAGUCGCGGA